AAGAAAAAAAUAGAAAAAUUGACGAAUUGAUAUGAAUGUAGGAUAUAUUAAUUUAUGUUUUCUUCUAAUAAUAUUGCGUUAUUUAUUAUUUGGAUAUAAUUGGUGUACAUGUGUUAAUUUUUUAGACCAUAAGGGAUAAGAAUUUUAGGAUUUUUUUUAUGUUUCGGCCCAAGCCCAAGAAUUCUAAGGACCGGCCCUGCUUGGGGUGGUGUCUCAAGAUGAUAGAACUCUCCCUUGAUGAGCUUGAAUUGGUGGAGUGUAUAUUACUUGAUAAUGUGGGGGAACUUGUGGUGAAGAUGAUUAGUUUCUAGUUAUUCUCAUCUUUUUUGUUUCUUAUUGUCUUGGUUUAUUUUAGUUUGCACAUUUGAAGCAAUUUGAUUUGUAACCUGAGUCCUUAUGUUUUGGUUCUUUUGAAAACUUUGAAACAUGAACUUCAUUAAGUAAUUUGCAUUUGAUUUAACCAAGAGCUUCGCUGUGCCUGUGCUUCCUAGGUCAAAACUCGACCUUUUCCCUCCAAAUCUACAUUUCUGGUUCAGACAUGGCAACAACAAUGAAUGCCCAGUCGCAGUGGGACUUCACCUGUGACUUCGAGGUGAAUUUUGGAUCUCAAGAAAACGCCCAAAUUAUCUAUACGGCACUGUCUGUUGAUAAGGAGUUGCAACCUGAUAAGGUGAAAAGGGUAAUGUCAGCUUCGGAUGGAAAGCUCCUAGUGCAUUUUGAGGCUAUUGAAGCUAGAUUCCUUCGCGCAUCCUUCAGUGCUUUUGUGGAUGUUCUUACUCUUGCAGCCAAGACAAUUGAAGAAUUUGGUCCAUUUAAGAAAUUAUGAUAGCAGAUACACUCUCAACAUUUUUGGACCUGACUAUUGUUGGUAGUUUUUAUCAUUGAUGAUGAUCUUGUAUGCUUUUGUAUCUUUUUCACAACACUUUUCAAGUUCAUGCUUCAAUUUUGUCUUGCAAUGAAUGGUGAAAGGUGAAAUCUUCAAAGCAAAUUUAGAACACAUUCUACAUGUUACAUAUCUGGCAAUUUAUGAAAUCAAAGAGAGCUUUAUUU